AUGGACCGGGAAACAAAAUCAGGAUAUGAACCGGACCGGAUUCCACCUUCGGUUUUCGCAUCUACGAUAACUCCUAAACAAGAUUGGAGUGUACAAUCGAAUGAAUCUUUGUUCAGUAUUCACAUGGGAGACCAAAGUUUCUCCACAAUGUAUAAAUCUGGAGAACUCACCAAUUUCGAAUAUUCUGCUUCCUAUAUCAACAACAACAAUAACAACAACUACAAUAACACCAACAUCGAUCACAAAAUCACUUCCACAGACGCUAGACCAAGAGAAACCAUACCAAAAACCGCUCCUAAACAAGAUGAACCUCAACAAAUUCCCUUUUCUCCGGCCAAAUCUUAUCGGUCCGACACCAGUAAUAACAGCGCAGCUUCAUUCGCAUUUCCCACAUUACCAGAGUACCAACAAGAACGAAAGAAAUCACUAAACGUGAAGAGUGGAAGUGGAAAAACAGAUAUAUCAAGACCAGACUCGAAGCAUGGUUUGUACACGGAUGGUUCUAAACCUGGUAAUGGUGGUGGUUGGCUUUCUUGUUUUUUCUGUUUCCCUGUGAAAAAUUGA